GAGCGCAUGACCGACGCGGUAGCUUUGACUUCAUUAGGGCGAAGGACGUAAAAAAACCGCACAAUAGGGACACAACAAAACCAGCACAAUAAAUACACAAUAAACUGACAACCCAAUCAAUUGUUUACCGUUGAGAUAGCGCUAUGAAGCUAACUCUGCGACGGUACUCCUGGGUGCUUUUGCUUCAGUUCGCCCUUUUGGGAGUAGACCUUCUCUUAAACGCAUUUGGGCCUUCGCUUGCUAGAAACCGAUUGCAGACAGCCAUAUUUCUCUUUGUAAUUCAGGACGCUCUGAUCAUUACGGAGUAUUUGCUGUUCACCAUGGCGCUGCAUUCAACGUGUGCGUACCAGGUCGGUGCCUCCUUCAUAAUCCUGCGGAACUGCAAGCUCUUCAUGAUCAGCAUUACCCUGUACUUUCUUCUGUCCGCCUCCCAGCAUUUCUGGAUCAUCUACCAAUAUCGUCACCCACCAGGCGAAGAAAAUCAGCACUGGCCAAUAGAUCUAAUAUCUUUAUCAUUGGGACAACGCAUCAAGUCGGUUUUCUAUUACUAUAGCUUCAAAUCAACAGCUCUGACCAUGGCGGAUCCCCGCUUCAAGGAGGAACAUUUGGAUUGGAUCGCGGACCAGCUGGCCGAUAAGUAAUGAAGUAGUUUAAAGUGAUGUGUUGAUUGUAGCGUGGAAUUUUUAAGUGUAAGUGAAAACGAUAAGGGAACCAACGCAUAUACUGAAUAACAAGUAAAAUUGGUUGGUUCUGAAUAUACACCAUCGGUCGGCAGCUUCCCACUAAGCGGGCAUAGGGAAUUGCCCUGCUUGUUCAUUGCCGACUUAUAUGUUAAUAUUAAGCAACAAGUUUCGGAACAAACACAUCCAUAAUCUACCCCGUACGGCACAAUUUGCACCUAAAAAUUACUCACAGGGUCUGUCCAUAUACAUAUUAUCCACCCAUUUAAUUAUACUAUUAUUAUAAAAUUGAUUUGUUGCACAGGCGUAAUCAAUUAGCUGACAUCUCCCACCCACUAUGUUAUUACAUAAUAUGUCCAUUAGGGUGAACUUUUUUAUUGCCAAAGAGCUCACCAUCAUAAAUCGCAGUUUUCUGUACAACAUUUUUUUUAAGCCCAAAUUUGUAUACCCUUGCAGAGGGUACUAUGAUUUCAGUCGAAAGUUUGCAACGCAUUGAGGGAGACGUUUCCGACCCCACAAAGUCUAUAUAUUCUU